UACUCUGGGCACGACUCUCUCGUCUUUCCUUCACGGCGAACAGUUUUAUCGACAAUAUAAAGCGCCCUGCUUGUUAGCUCUCAGCUCUUGCUGACGAGCGAGGGUCCCUGGUGGGUUCUGCAACCUGCAAGCAGCUUGCGUGUCGUGGCCGUCUCAACUCAUCGGCCAUGCUUCGCCUCUUCGUUCUGGUGGCCGUGCUAGGCGUGGCCGCUGCCGCCACCGACUACUGCAAGCUGUGCCCUGACCACGUCAUGUGCAAAUACCCCAGCGCCUCACCGGGGAAGGCGUGCAAAAACUACAAGAAGCCAACCAUCUCGGCCAGCGACAAGGAACUCAUCGUGCGGCUGCACAACGAGUACCGUAACAAGGUGGCGUUGGGGCAGGAGAAGCGCGGCAAGAACAACCCCCAGCCGUCUGCUUCGAAUAUGAGGAAAAUAUCAUGGGACGACGAGAUCGCUACCUAUGCUCAGCGCUGGGCGGAUCAGUGCACCUUCGAACAUGAUACGUGCCACACGACCAAGGACGGAACCGUGUCUGGACAAAACCUGCUCCUCGGUGGUCUUGCCCCUAACCAGACCAAACCCGAUUGGACAGCAGCUGUGAAGAUAUGGUACGAGGAAGUAAAAGAUCGUGAUGGGUCUCUCAACACCAAGCCGUUCAAAUUCCAAUGCGGUUCACUGGCAGACAAAUCAGGUGACAGGUCGAAAGCAAAAAGGGUAAGCCCUUUCGCGUAGUCCUCGUAUUUGAUU